AUGGCGCUCGAAACCCUCUCUGUCUUCUCCAGAGCCCCUUACGCCACGGCAUUCUUCUUCGUUGGCUUGUUUUAUUUUAUAAUUUAUCCCCUUUUCGUGUACUUUAAAGACGCCAAAGGCCUACGCAAGUUCCAAAACUUCAGCACAUUCUCCGGCGCAUACAAUGUCCCCUUCAUGAUCUUGGCCCGGACCGGUGCCCGGUCAACCCAUCUCGUCCAGCUCCACAGAGAAAAGGGCCCGGUCCUCCGCACCGGCCCCAACACCCUCUCCUUCAGCGAUGUGCGUGCCAUCAAGGACAUCUACGGGCAUGGGACCCCCUGUAUCAAGGACGAGUCGUACGUCCUGACGGCCGGGUCGCACUACCAUCUCGCCGACGUCGUCGAAAAGCACGACCACGCGAGGAAGCGCAAGGUCUUGUCGUCGGCCUAUGCCCUGAAGAACCUCGAAGGGUGGGAGCACAAGGUCGCCGACAAGGUCGAGAGGCUCUUCAGGCAGCUCGACAAGCUCUGCACCGACCCCCUUCCCAAGGGCCAGAUGUUCCCCAGGCCCGAGGACCUGACCGUCGACUACCGCAAAUGGGGCAACUUCUUCACGCUCGACGCCAUCGCUGACAUCGGCCUCUCCGAGCGGCUGGGCCUCCUCGACCGCGGACAUGACAGGGUGCUCGCUCGCCGCAAGGACGGCACCACCUGGGAGGCGCCCCUACGCGACUCCCUCUACCCUACCGCCCGGAAGCAGUCCCUGCUCGUCUGGAGCUACGACAACUACAAGCUCCUCGACAAGCUGUCCAACCUCGUCCCCCGCUUCCGCCAGAUGACCGAGGCCUCCAAGGGCUGGGACGGGAUCGUGCUCCAGCUGGCGCACCAGCGCCUCGCGCGGUACAACGCGGGCGAGAAGCUCGACGACUUCUUCCAGGCGCUCAUGGAGAACAAGAACGGCGAGCCCAACAACCUCGAGUGGGGCGAGAUCGUCGCCGAGGUCAACAUCAUGAUGAACGCCGGCAGCGUGACGACGGCCAUCGCCGUCACCAACGUCCUGUACCAGCUGCUGAAGAACCCGGCGUGCCUCCGCCGGCUGCGCGACGAGGUGGACGCCGUCCUCGACCCGGACGAGGCCGUCGCCCCCUACGACAAGGUCAAGCACCUCCCCUACCUCCGCGCCUGUCUCGACGAGUCGCUGCGCCUGUUCCCCCCGACGCCCCACGGCCUGCCGCGCAAGACCCCGCCGGAGGGCAUGCACAUCAUGGGCGAGUGGGUGCCGGGCGACACCACCGUCAGCAUGUCGGGCAUCGUCGUGCACCGCGACGAGUCCGUGUUCCCCGAGGCCGACAAGUACGUCCCGGACCGGUGGCUCGGCGACAAGGGCAAGGAGCUGCAGCCGUACUUCCUGGCCUUCUCGGCCGGCGCGAGGGGCUGCAUCGGCCGCAACAUCUCUUACCUCGAGCAGGCCGUGCUGCUGGCGUCCGUGGUCCACCGGUACGAGUUCGCGCUGCCGCGGGACUUCGAGAUGGCGCGCGAGGAGACGAUGAACUGGCUUCUGGGCGAGAUGCCCGUUAAAGCCUGGAGGCGGCGGCUGGAAGGGGGGGAGGAGAACACAGUGGUGUGA